CUAAACUCUAAAUAAUAAAAACUAUUCAAGUAUGUAUUCUUAAAGUGAUUCUAAAGGCUUAUUUUUUUUAAAGAAAAAAUAACAAACAUGUCUAUACCUAUCUGCUGUGUGCAGUGGUUUUGCACAGAGCAGCCCGGAUCCUCAUCUUCUUCAGUCCCCCGCUGGCACACCUGGCCCCUCCCUCCUGUUGGGUGCCCCAACAGCAAGCAGCUUGCUAUGGGGGCACCCACUGCUCCAUGUGUCCAUUCACACACGGAGCUGCAGCUCAGCCCCGCUCCCUCUUUAUUCUCAUUGGCUCACUGGCUGUUAUUGACAGCAGUGGGAGCCAAUGGCUCCUGCUUCUGCCUCAGCCAAUGAGAAGAGGGAGUCCAGGGAUAGCCAAGACUCCAGUGUACAUUGCUGGAUUGAGAAGGAGCUUAGAAUGCAUGAAGGUAAAAAACCUGGAGCUUUUAGAACCACUUUAA